CAAAAAUUGUCUUCUUCUCCGAUUUGGCUGCACCGCCGGAGCUCGACGCUGAGCUUAACUAAGAGGUGUCGUUUGUUUCACAACCAGUGAAGAAGAUCAAAUUUUAAAACCAUGGAUUCUCCGAUCAAUUCACAGAAAACGGUUUCGGACGACGAUGAGAUUGAUUACUCCGUCAAACCAGAAUUCUAUGAUUCAGAUCUUGAUGAUAAAGAUGAGCUUUGGAUGAUUAGCAAGAGAGAUGGUCGUCCUUCUGAUGCUGUACUUAGCUGUCCAGCUUGUUUCACUACUGUCUGCUUAGAGUGUCAGAGGCACGAGCAGUACGUGACACAGUACAGGGCAGUAUUUGUGGUCAAUUGCAGAGUAGAUAAAGACACAGUUUUGCAAGAAAAAGGAAUGCCCUCGAAGAUUGGUAAAAGAAGGAGAGAUUCCGAGAUGCAAGAAACUGAUUCUGCAGAGAGCGAAAAAGUUAACCGGGUCUUUUGCUCAGCUUGUUCGACAGAGAUCGGGGUAGUCGAUGGUGAAGAGAUUUACCAUUUCUUUAAUGUCAUUCCAAGCGAGCCUUAGAACAACCUGGUUUUAUGAGUUACUUGUUUGUAACGAUUUCAGAAACAGGUGAUUAGGAUUAUGGUUUCGGUAGUUUGCGUUUCUCUUUACGUUUCAGUGUAUAUUUGUUUGGUAGUUUUGAAAAAUCAAGUCAUUUGAGAAUUUUGACUGACGACGCCUAUAUUUCCUUA